AUGCGAACACUUAGGCAUCCAGGAGUGAUUCGAGUUUAUGACACUGUUGAAACAGAUGCAUACAUAUAUGUUGCAACAGAAAGGGUAGUACCACUCACGUGGCCCGUGCGUCGAAAGAAUUUGAGCGAGGAGACUCUGAAAUGGGGCUUGUAUACAAUUGCAAAUACACUUGCUUUUGUUAACGACGAAGCGUCAUCGGUACAUGGAAAUAUAAGACUCUCUUCAAUAUUCACAAGCGAGAGUGGUGAAUGGCGAAUCGGUGGUUUGGAGAUCCUAAGCUCAAUGAAAGAAGAUGAUGCAAUCAUAUACAAACACGGGUCAUCAAUCCCAAGCUGUCACAUGUAUACCCCACCAGAAAUCGCCAAAGCUGGCUGGGAAGCUAUGAAGCGCAAUCCUUUGCCAGCUCCCGAUGCCUACGGUUAUGGCAUAUUGAUUUUCGAAGUCUUCAAUGGCAACACUAUCUCGAAUGACCAAAUUGGCGUUACGAAGAGCCUCCCUCCCAGCAUGCAUCAGAAUUACAAGAGGCUUUUGACUGCAAAUCCCAAGGUUCGGCUGAGCGUUUCUCAUUUCAAAGAUCAGGGAAGACGUAGUGGUGGCUUUUUUGAAACCCCACUUGUCAAAUUGUCAGAGGGGGUUGACAACCUCGGACUGAAAAGCGACGGUGAACGUGAAGAAUUCUUGGCCGAAUUGGAUGAAGUGGCAGACGACUUUCCCGAGGAAUUUUUCAGCGUUAAAGUCUUGCCCGAAUUACUCAAAUCAGUCGAAUUUGGAGGCGGCGGCCCGAAGGUCUUUGCGUCUGUGAUGAUGAUAGGAAAGAAGCUUUCCAGUGAUGAGUGGAACAACAAGCUGACGCCAGUCGUUGUCCGACUCUUUACAAGCCCGGACAGAGCCAUUCGGGUAUGUUUACUGGACAAUUUGCCCAACAUGAUUGAGCAUCUUCCCCAGAAAAUAGUCAAUGACAAAAUCUUCCCUCAGCUUGUUACUGGCUUCACAGAUGUUGCGCCAGUGGUUCGCGAACAAACAGUGAAAGCUGUCCUUACGAUCAUUUCAAAGCUCGUAGACCGAACAAUCAACGGAGAGCUGCUCAAACAUCUUGCCAAGACUGCAAAUGAUGAGCAGCCUGGUAUUCGGACGAAUACAACGAUUUGCAUGGGCAAAAUCGCUCGGAGCCUGGGUCCUAACACGCGGCAGAAAGUGCUUCUAGCCGCCUUCUCACGAUCGCUGCGUGAUCCGUUUAUCCACGCCCGAAACGCCGCUCUUCUAGCCCUCGCAGCAACAGCAGACCUUUUUGGUGAGGAAGACUGUGCGACGAGAAUUUUACCAGCCCUGUGCCCUUCCCUUAUUGAUAAGGAAAAAUUGGUCCGCGACCAGGCCAACAAAGCAUUCGACAUCUAUUUGCAAAGAAUUAAGAAACAUGCGAGUGGUCUUCCAGACAGCGUAUUGCCUUCUCCUAAUGUGAUCAAUGCGAAUGGUAUCACGUCUCGUGUGGAUGGCCCACAGACUGAUUCGUCCGUCUGGGCAGGAUGGACAAUAUCUUCUUUCACGAACAAGCUAGGAUCCGCAACUGGCGCUAUGCAAAGUAAAGCCCUGCCGCAGGCCCCGCCCACCGAGCGUUCUUCUUCGGUGCCACCAACGGGGAUCAAGCCGCAAAAUCUUCCCAAUUCUGUUUCAACUUCGACCAUACAUGGACAGGUGCUCACUGAAAAGACCACUGCAGCUUUGGCUUCCAAUACUGCCAAAAAGCUCUUGCAGGAUCCCGAGGCAGACCAAGAGGAGGUCGACGAAGCAUGGGGAGAACUUGCUGAGGAUUCAUUCUUCGAUGCAACCUCAGACGCUCUAGCCCAACCAGAAGUCGCAUCGUCUGAGCUAGUCGCUUUCGAUGACGGUUGCGAGCCCGACUUUGAAGGAUGGUUGAAUGCACAAGCCCAGGCUAAAUUGAAACCCAAAGGACCAUUACCAAAAGGAAUGUCUAAACCCUUGCCUGCGAACCUUGCUAGACCAACAGUCAUCAAAAGCACAACGACUGGAAGCAUUGGAUCGGGCGUCGGAACAAAGAAAUUGUCCACGACUACAUUGCGUAAACCGGUGUCAACGAAAGAGGUUGUUGCAAAACCGGCUGAAGUCGAUGAUGAUUGGGGUGACGCUUGGGACUGA